AUGAAAGACAAGGGUUCUUACAAUCAGGGUUUGGAAAGCCAAUCCACAGAGAUGCUUCUGUCGAUACUGGAACAUUAUGAUACGAACUUUAUUGAGGAACGUAUUAUUGACGAAUAUGCAGGGAUGGACUCCUCUAAGAAAAUGGCCCAGAGUCCCUGGGGUUCGGAGGAUCCGGGAAAAUGUAAUCCUUUCCAAGAGAAGGAGGAGGAAUCAGAGUAUCUGGAGUCUCAAAUGAUAUGCAAUUUCCUAAAUAGUUAUGGCAUGGAUGUGCCGGAAGAUUCUUAUGGAAGAGAAGAAGGAAAGUCAGUUGCACAGGAAUUAGGGAAAGAGAAUGAGGGUUUAGACGGCCCUUCCCAAGGAAUACUCCAAGGUUCCACUGUUGAUCUCUCAGAACUUCGAAAUCUCACAGACCCUAUAUCACUUGAAAAGGCUUUAGAAUUUGAAAGAUUAUCUAUACACAAGGAGGAGCUGGUAAGAAAUGCAGAAUCCCAAAAGAAAAUUAUCGAGGCAUUCCGCUCGAUUCCAGGAUUGGCCAUAAAGGAAAACUUGCUUAACGACAUCAAGAUAAAUAAAGUGUAUGUUGAAUCUAGAAUUCAUAUAAGGAAGGAGAAUGGAAAGGAUAUUAGAGAAAAAAGAAACAUAAUAAAGGGUGAGAGAGAAAGAGAAGGAGGAAAGGAAACCAUAGUAUUCAAUGACUAUGUCUCUUCUGGAUGGGAAUCAGGAAGCGAAUCAAGCUCAGAUAUUGCAGCAAAAGAAAAGGCAUUUAAGGUCAUAAAGGAGGCUGAGAGAAGAGCAACAGGAAAAGAUCUACUGUGCAAUGCAGAUAUGCAGCUGCGUAAGUUUGUUGUGGACCAGGAAGAGAGGUACCUAAGAAUAGAAAAGGUUAUGAAACUAAACGACCUUAAGUACAAGAAUCUGAUGGGGAAAAUCUACAAGAAAGGAAAGAAUGGAAAGUACCAAUACAAUUGGUUCACGUUGAAAAAGAACUUCUUUACAUGCUAUAACGGAAAAGGGACCAAAACAACAUCCGAGGACUUCCCCUACGAGAAGGAGUGGGAUUUCAAGAAUCCCGAAGACGAGGAUUUUUUCUUUAAGAGAAAGUACACUAUAGACCUUCUUAAUGCGGGGGUGUAUCUUGUAAAGCACCCUGUUUGCAUAGGAUGUGUAAAAUGGGGAUGCGGGACUGAUGAAGACCUGAUUGAUAUUUCGGAGGACACAAAGAUAAUGAGAAUUACACCGGCCAAGAGCCACUUUCUGAUUUCCCUUAAGAAGAAUCUUGUAAAGACAGAAAUCAAGAUGACCACUCUUGACUUUGCAUUGAAGGCUAAUGGAGAGACCUACUUCUAUAGGAUGAAGGACCUAGAUGGUUUUCUGGGAUGGUUAGUUGCGUUUGCAUUCCGGCAAGGUAAGAUAAAAUGUAAUAUCGGCUGA